AUGUCGGACAACAGCGCAAGCCUUCGCCGUCAAAUUGGAUUCUUCAAGAAACAUAUACAACGCCUCUGUUCUGACGCAGAACAAUCGCUCAAGGACUACAACAUCGACAUCAAUACGCCACAUUUUGAAACCCUCAAUGAUGACGCACUUGAGACGUUCAGGCUAGAAAUCGCUAACACUCGUUCCAGCCUUCUCAAAGCUUACACGAAAAUCAGAAAACUAGACGAAGAGUGGACGAUACUUCAGAAAUCAAUCCCCGACGAACAACAGAUCUACGACGAGUAUGUCAAGAAAUACGGCGACUACCAUAUCGUCAUCGCUGAGGCAGUGAAGAACUUAGAGAACAUGGAUGCUCUUUUAAACACUAUCGAUCAGGAGUGCUCAACUCGACGCCUAUCGCUCUCAUCGGCGACUUCGGAACCAAACACUCCGGAAGAUGAAACAAAUUGGAACACAGGCAAUAGGACCUCUCACAAUACUCCACAAAUUCCUAUUAAUCAUGCCGCUGAUGCUUCGCUGAUGAACUUCGUCGACGCAUCCAUAGUCAGCAAGCUGGAACUACCCACAUUCGACGGCAACUUACUGGAUUACCCGGAAUUCUCAUCAAGGUUCGCGACUCUGGUAGGGAACAAAAUCCAACUAGAUGAUACGACGAAAUUCUCUCUACUUAAAUCAUGUCUGCGAGGGAAGGCGUUACAUGUCAUCCAAGGACUAUCCAUGACACCUGGAAACUACAAAGUAGCUAUGGAAAUCCUGAAAACCCACUUUGAUGACAAG